CGAGUAAAAAAAAAAACAGUAAACAAAACCAGAAUUCACUUCAUGCUGCUCUUAUUUGUUCAGCUUUAGAGAGACGACAGCAGAGAGCGGGGACAGAGGUUUAGUGUUUGACCCACAUGAGCUGAGGAGCGUCUGAACACGUGAACGAGGAUGGAAUUCAUGCAGACUUUGUUUCUGCUCUGUCCCUUUGUGAUAUUUACCACUGUGACAUCUGAAGUGUGUGUUAGGCCUGAUCUGCCUGCCAGCGUUGACAUGGAUGGGUUCCAGAGGCUCUACAACCCAGGGGCAGAGUUGGUGUUGUCCUGCAGACAGGGAUACACCCCUAUGUUUGGUCCUCGGAAGAUUGUUUGCUCUGCGAGGGGAGAAUGGACACAAACCAGACUAAUUUGCAGACCAAAACUGUGUCCUUAUCCCGACUUGUUGUCUAAUGGAGAAGUGUACUAUGAGGAUACAGUGUACCAGAGUACCAUCAACUACACGUGUCAUGAAGGAUAUUUAUUGACUGGAGCCAGCACUGCUGUGUGCCAAGCAGAUGGAACAUGGAGCUCACCAGUACCAGAGUGCAAGCCUGUGACCUGUGAUCUAGCUCCGAUCCCAGAGUUUGGGAUGAUCAUUUAUAGCAAGACGAUAAGAGGGAACACCACUGAUUACGGCGUCACAGGGACAUACAGGUGCCUGCCUCCGUAUGUGCUCAUUGGCAAUGCGAGAGCAGAGUGCACCCCCAGUGGCACCUGGACUAAGACACCUGAAUGCAGAGUGGUGAUGUGCCCUCCACCAGAGAACAUUGACAAAGGCUACAUGUCGACCAACGACCAGAGAGACUUCGACUUCAUGGAAACAGUCAAAUAUGGCUGCCUCGGGGACUAUGCACUGGAAGGAAGCCUGCAGAUAGUUUGUCAGGAAAAUGGGCAGUGGUCAGAAAAGCCAUCCUGCAAAGCUCCUUGCAGCAUUGGCAUACAGAGAGGAAGGAUAUUAUACAAAGGACAAAAACUCUGGAUCAAGGACCUGAAUCCUAACAGAGUCUUCCAUAAAGAAAUCGUCUCACUCUACUGCAUGAACAAGGCCAGGGGUUGUGGUUAUCCAGUUCCAACACAGUGCACGGAUGGAAAACUCAUAAUACCUGAGUGCUUUGAAGAGCCCAGCGCUAUUGAUUAUACCCUUCAUUCUGGUUCCCUUCCAUCAGAAAUCGAACAGUGCUGAGACAGCAGGAGAUCCCUUCUCUGAUUAUUAUCAAACCACUGUGAAAUAGAUGUCAUAUAUCACAUAUACAGUAUAUAUGUCUUUUUGUUUUAAGCUUUGUAACACAGUUUCCACAAAUUUAACAAUUUCAGACAUGAUUUAUUCCUGACUCCGAUUAAUAAACUUUCUUAUUCUGCUACGUAAAUGUGAAGUAUCAUGAGAUCCAUGAGGUAUUUAUGAAGAAUUUAAAUGGAUUACUGUGGUCUAAUACACUUAUUUAUUUAUCUUGUCCUUGAUCAAAUAAGACUUUGCUUCAUCAACCUAACUAACAAACAGAAGUGCAUGUCCUCUGUGCUUAACCUCAGCAAAAGGAGGUCAAUUGAUUCAGUCCUGCACAAGGAAGCAUGAGACAAUCUCAACAAGAAUGUAACACAAUGGCCUUCAUAAAUUUCAAUCUUCAACACACUUUUUUGUGUAAUUUAUGAACAUACAACCAUUGUCCAGAUCAAUUCUGUGUCACAAACCUGCUGACUCUUUACAAUACUGUAGCCUACUGUUCAGCAGUUGUAGCAGUUGUCUGUUUGUCCAUGAAGGAGAUGCAGAACCAUAUUCAGUUGACUACUGCUAAAAGAAUCCGAACUGAAGACAUUUAUGGGCUGUGUGAACAUAGUUAAUUUAUAUUGUUGCGUGCAAAAGUUGAGAGUUUGUAGAAGAGCGUAUUUCAGAACUGUAAAUUGGU